CGUGCUGGCUGUCGAUUGGCAGACUGGAAGCCAAUGCAUCUUUCCCUUUCCUCCUGACCCAAGCGGGCACACGAGCGGUGGAUACGCGGCAUCAUACAAGCUACAAAUCUCGUCCUACAUUUCUCAUCCAUACUUAAUUGUACCGUUUACACGAAACUAUAAUUGCUACUACUGGUGCAUUGCACUGCGCCACAUUGUCAUAACUAACAUUGAGCUGACGGUCAUACUAAGUGGUACGAAAAUGGAGAUAGGCAGGAUCCAACGGUAAAUUCUCACACACAUCACUCCUGUGUCAUGGAAGACGGUGUGGACGAAGAGGAUGACGUCCUUACGGAUAGCAUCGACAAGAUUGUUGGUCCACAACUGCGCAACCAUUCGAUCACUGCUAAACCGGAAGGCCGGGCUCCAACCAUGACGAUAGAAGCUGUGAGGGUUGGGAGGCCUAUUAAAGUCUUAUCGCUUUUAUCGAGUGUGGUUGGCCUUCUGUGUUUCCUUGUGAGCAUCGCGAGCACUGCGUGGAUCUCGAAAAAUGGUACCCGCACAGGAUUAUACGAAGAGUGCAGACUGUCGACAAGCAAUAAUCCAGCGACUUCGAAUAACUCCAGUUGCGUCAUGGUGUUCACAUCUACAAGGGAACGCUUGGCGUGCGCUGUACUGGGUCCGACUGCUCUGAUCAUUAUUGUGAUCGGAAUUCUCCUGUUCAUCGGAGCCAUGUUAACUAUGGAUGUCCGGAAGAAGUUCAUAUUCUACAAUUCUGUUAUCAUCAUAUACACGUUAGCAAGCCUGGCUAUACUGACAACAAUCAUCAUCUUACCAAUCUCAGUAGACAAGAUAAAGUCCAUGGAAGUGGAGAUCGUCAAGGACGGAACACAAACUAUCACAAUGGGAUGGGCAUACAUUAUGGUCCUCUGUGGUCUCGGUUGCCUGCUUAUCGCAAUUAUCUUGUUGGUGGUGGACAGGAAAGCAGACGAAGUGGGCUACAGAGAAUGUGUUCAUCGGCCAUAAGCAAGAAGAGCCUAACAGGAUCAAACAAAUGAAAGAAGGAACGAAGCGUGAUGCGAACCAUUCAGUUCCGUUUUAUUUGCUAUACUUUGAAACCCUGCAUAUGCCUUGAGACACCGACAUGUGUUGUGAGAAUUGCAUUUUGAAUGAACCAUAUUUGCUUCA